AUGGCGGACGGUGUGGACCACAUAGACAUUUACGCGGAUGUGGGCGAAGAGUUCAACCAGGAAGUGGAAUAUGGCGGGUAUGAUCAGGUAGAUUUAUAUGAUGAUGUCAUCUCUCCAUCUGCAAAUAAUGGAGAUGCCCCAGAAGACCGGGAUUACAUGGAUACUCUCCCCCCAACUGUUGGUGAUGAUGUGGGUAAAGGAGCAGCACCAAAUGUUGUCUAUACCUAUACUGGAAAAAGAAUUGCAUUAUAUAUUGGAAAUCUAACAUGGUGGACAACAGAUGAAGACUUAACUGAAGCAGUUCAUUCUUUGGGAAUAAAUGAUAUUUUGGAGAUAAAAUUUUUUGAAAAUCGGGCAAAUGGCCAAUCAAAGGGAUUUGCCCUUGUUGGUGUUGGAUCUGAGGCAUCGUCAAAAAAGUUAAUGGAUCUGUUGCCUAAGAGAGAACUUCAUGGUCAGAAUCCUGUUGUAACUCCCUGCAAUAAACAGUUCCUGAGUCAAUUUGAAAUGCAGUCCAGGAAAACUACACAAUCAGGACAGAUGUCUGGGGAAGGUAAAGCUGGUCCUCCAGGAGGCAGUUCACGAGCAGCAUUUCCAUAAGGUGGUAGAGGAUGGGGCCGUUUUCCAGGGGCUGUUCCCGGUGGGGACAGAUUUCCUGGGCCAGCAGGACCAGGAGGGCCACUCUCACCUCUUCCAGCUGGACAGACUCCACCACGUCUGCCCUUAGGUCCUCCAGGUCCACCUGGCCCACCAGGGCCUCCACCUCCUGGUCAGGUUCUGCCUCCUCCUCUAGCUGGGCCUCCUAAUCGAGGAGAUUGCCCUCCACCACCAGUUCUAUUUCCUGGACAACCUUUUGGUCAGCCUCCAUUGGGUCCACUUCCUCCUGGGCCUCCACCUCCAGUUCCAGGUUAUGGCCCCCCUCCUGGGCCACCACCUCCACAACAGGGACCACCUCCACCUCCAGGCCCCUUUCCACCUCGCCCACCUGGUCCACUUGGGCCACCCCUUACACUUGCUCCUCCUCCGCAUCUUCCGGGACCACCUCCAGGUGCCCCGCCAGCAGCUCCACAAGUGAAUCUGGCUUUCUUUCCUCCACCAACUAACAGCAGCAUUCCUACAUCAGAUAGUCGAGGUCCACCACCAAGAGACCCAUAUGGCCGACCUCCACCAUAUAGGGGUGACUAUGGCCCUCCUGGAAGGGAAAUGGAUACUGCGAGAACACCAUUGAGUGAAGCUGAGUUUGAAGAAAUCAUGGAUAGAAAUAGGGCAAUCUCAAGCAGUGCUAUUUCAAGAGCUGGUGAUUAUGGGAGUGCUAUUGAGACAUUGGUAACUGCAAUUUCUUUAAUUAGACAAUCCAAAGUAUCUGCUGAUGAUCGUUGCAAAGUUCUUAUUAGCUCUUUGCAAGAUUGCCUUCAUGGAAUUGAAUCCAAGUCAUAUGGUUCUGGAUCAAGACGUGAACGAUCAAGAGAGAGGGACCAUAGUAGAUCACGAGAAAAGAGUCGGCGUCAUAAAUCCCAUAGUAGAGAUCGCCAUGACGAUUAUUAUAGAGAGAGAAGCAGAGAACAAGAGAGACACCCGGAUCGUGACCGAGACCGUGACCGAGAGCGAGAGUAUCGUCAUCGUUAGAAGCUGAAGGAAGAGGAACACCUUCCAAGACAAAACAGUCUUCAUGGGGGAAAAAUGACGCUUGUCCAGCAGUUUGCUUCUUGUGAUUGAACUGAACCUGUAAGGAUUCAUGGAUAAACUGAACAGGAAUAGAUCUGAAUAAAGCAAAUCUGCAUAAAUGGUAACCAGUAGCUCUACUUUUAUUUUUUAUGUUGCUUAACUGUUUUAUUUGAAGGAAACCUGUGUGAUUUAAAAAGUUAAUAGCUUUUGCAACUUUAUUACUGGUUAUAUACAUUUGGCCAUUAUAAUGUGCAAGCAAUUGGAAAAAAAAA